AGUGUCUUGCUUACUUUCAUCUCCACUUCUACUUCAUUUCCCCGCUUUUAUCAUCUUUAUCGAUCAUUGCAAUAUCACUUAUAUUCAUACAAAGGUUGUAUUCUUCAGCAUUUACUGUUUGGGAACAACCCUGAUAUAACUGUACAGUAUUGGUGGUUAGGUUCCUCAGUAUUUACUGUUUGGGAAAAACUCUGAUAGCUGUAUAGUAUUGGUGGUUAGGUUCCUCAGUGUCUGCUGUUUGGGAACAACUCUAAUAGCUGUACAGUAUCGGUGGUUAGGUUCCUCAGUAUUUACUGUUUGGGAAAAACUCUGAUAGCUGUAUAGUAUUGGUGGUUAGGUUCCUCAGUAUCUGUUGUUUGGGAACAACUCUAAUAGCUGUACAGUAUCGGUGGUUAGGUUCCUCGGUAUUUACUGUUUGGGAAAAACUCUGAUAGUUGUACAGUAUUGGUGGUUAGGUUCCUCAGCAUCUGCUGUUUGAAUUAUUCCGAUUCCUACUAUCUUUCUCAUUUUAUGGAAACAAUAUCUUACUCAUAUUCAUCUCCACUCCUACUUCAUUUCUUCACCUCUAUUGUCGUAUUAAAUAAGGGUCGUGCUCUUCAGUAUCUGCUAUUUUAAACCCCUGAUAUAGCUCUACAGCAUUGAUGAUUAGGUUCCUCAGUACACACUGUUUGAAUCAGUCUGAUUCGGUUUAUACUAAAGAGUCAAGGCUGCUCUAUUAGCCUGGUACACGGUAUGGCGGUUCCGAUCGAAAAACUUGGACUGGAGAAUCUCUUGCAGGAGAGAGUGUAUGUAAAAUGGGUUGAUGAGGGACAUACUUAUACGUUGGGUUCUUGCUUAGCCGACAAUAAAGAAAAUAUCAAUUUUCUUAUGAAAGUGGUCUGCGAUUCGGAAAAACGUAUUCAUGUCUAUUUCUCCCUGAAGGCGACACACAAGCAUACUGGCAAAAAUCGUUCAAUGGAGAUGUUAUUGGUUGUCCCGCCGCAUGGUAACUUUGACUGUUACUUGAAGUCUCUUCCAAUAUCGGAGCUUGACGAUUUGUCUUCCCAUGACGCAUCUGCGCUUCAUGAAGCCGGUAUAAGUAACUUGGAGCAUAUAAUCGUCCUACCAUUCGAUCUACAGUUUGAAGGAUUUGUUGUUAGAAAGGAGAGGGAAUCUGCGACUAUAUUACCUUCCAACUCCGCCUCGAGUACAUUGAUGCAGAAACUCAAAUCUUUAUCUGUUACAAAGAGCUUUAAGGUUUAUAUCAGACCUUCCGAUUACGCGCGGGCAAAUUUAAGAACGGUUGAUGAGCGCUUACGUGAUAAGGGCGUAUGGAUCUGCGAACCUGAUAUGCGAAAGAUAUACUCUCGACAAGGUAUUAUGCUAGUUGACUGGGCCCAGAUCAAACACCGAGAACUCAAGGGCAGACUACUGCCACCGCCACCGCAACCGCCACCAUACACCAAACAUGACGCACAAAGGUCGACUGAAGUGCAGGUUCCACGGUCACCACCAGUCGCAGAUGCAUACUCAAACAAAGAUAUUGUACCGGCAACUCCAAGCCUUCUACCGGUGUGCCAUGGUAUAUUCUCUCCCGACUGCGGAGAGCCAUCAGAUGUUGCAGAAGACUUGGAUCUUGACGAUAUUCGCAAAGAUUCAGGACAUGUCGAACCAUAUCUUGAGAGGGACUCGGAUGAAGAAUACCUUGCCGCCUUGCAUGCUCAACAAUGUAGUCAACAAAUCAGGCAAGAGACAAGCUCGGAGGCUCUUCGGUUAGAACUUAAAGAGUGGUUGAAGGCAGCAAUGUCAAUAAAUGAAAAUGUGUACGAACACAGCGGACUGACCAAAAAGUUAUUCGCUCUUGGUGAUAGUGUCCAUGCAUCUAAUGUUGGAAUGUUCGACGCCAUUAGACCUUGGUGUUCUGCACUAUUCUUAUGCGACCCUACAGAUUCAAGCAAACUCACGGAUGAAUGGUUUGUCUCGGAUAUGGCUGGGCUCAUCAAAUGGGUUAAUACAUUUCACCGUGGCGCUGAGAUGACUAUAUUAAUAGACGAUUUUCUAAAGCUUGGUAAUGCUGCUCGCCUAUGUAAUAAGAAUCAGUAUAAGCUUCAGAAAACUGAUUUCCUGCUUCGCAUCUGGGUCGAAUUUGACUGCUCAAAUAUCAGUAUAAACGGGGAGAGCAGAAAAGUCUUGUCCCGAAAAAGGAAUAUCUUGGGAACUUCUAGUGAUGUUUCUAAUAAGAAAAUAAGAAAUUCUACGAAUUCGUAGUCUUCAAAUUCUUUUCUGCCGACGGCUAGUCUGAAUCCAUUCCUUCAAUUUGUUCAAGGUCUAGCCUCUUGUACUAGCCAUCCUAUAGAGUCGGGGACUGGAGAUGAACGUAAUUUAAAUCAAUCAAUCAUAUAUUUGCAGGCCAAAGGAUUAUAGGGUCAAAGGGGCUGGUAGAGUGCACAUCGAAUCGCUCCUAUAAAGACAAUUUAGUAAUGAUCUAGCUAGGCUAUAGCGUGUUCAACUCCUUGUUCCAUUCAUUGAGAUCCUUUUAAAUAGGCUGGGGUUUUCAGCAAUCCAAUUCAGUUUCAAUUUAACCCAUUUGCUUCAAGGACAUGAGUUAUAGGACAAUCGUUUUAGGCUCUGGUUAGUCUCGAUGAGAUGUGGAUGCUCCGAGUAUAGCUCAAUAAAGUAUGACUCGUUGUAGAUCAAGCUAGUACGGCUCGCCCCGGCUGUACAACUCCACCCGUUAGUUAGUGCGUACACCGUGCACAUCAAUACCGCAAGUGAAGUAUGAAGUACAAUUAACCUCUCGAAGAAUCUGUAGGUGGAGAGGCUAGUGUACCUGUUCUUACAACAAUUAAAUAUAAAAUGGUGUUGGAAAGAUAUGUCACGUGUACCUUAAGUGCAUAUAUAAUAUCUUCCACUUCUGGAUUCAGAUUUAGAUCACUAUAGCAAUUCUACAUAGUCAAUAAUACAUGCAUUCCA